GCCGUCAUGCGGCUCCUCCUCUUACGCACAGCACGCUCGGUAUCCGGAAAGAAAUAAUCCCGUGAUGUCGCAUACCGUCCAGGCGGCUGCUGUGCUUUCUUGGCUCUUUCUUUUUUUAGCAAAAGAAACAUUUUCAGCAAGGUAUUGCUGACCGUUUCCACUCUGACUCGUGUUGAGACAUGACGUUGACAAAGUACCAAGCUGUCGCUGGAUGUGUCCUUCCGCUCGGAGCUGGACAGCGGGAUGCAGCGUCUCUGUGUGGAACUAGCUCGCUGCUGAUCCUUUAGCUUCUCCGGCCUCGGACGCUUAUUUGUGCGGACUAUUUGACAGCAGGUUCGUUAGUAAUGGCGAGAUUUCUCUUAGAGCAACGCUCCGAUUUCGUGGACUAUAACGGCGGCAAAGAGCUGAGUGACAUACUGGGAACGUUAACAAGUGAGGCUCUGUCGGACGUUCGCCUGAGCCCUGAUGAUCGUCACGUCCAUGUCAUCCUCAGGAAGCCUAAAGCCGGUCUUGUGACUUUUGACAAGUAUGAAAGAAUUCAGCUGGUUCACAACCAGAAGAGACAGAAUUUACGUUUGACGCGUUCUGUGUCCAUUGUGGAUGUUUUAUAUUUGGACCAAAAUAACAACAACAAUGUUAACAGCAGUAGAGAUACAACCACAGUGGCAGUGGUUUACGAGGAUGGGAAAGCAGAGUUCUGGAGGUUCCAGGAGUGCAGAUCAGGCUGGAGUCUCCUGCAAACAUCAGCCUUGUGUAACAGUCCUCGAGCCAGAGUGGUAUCUGUGUGCGUUUGCUCAGGUCUUAUCAUCUGGUGUGAGGAGAGGCCUCCUUCAGAGAGCUCCCCUGCUCUGAGCUCCACCAGAAACAAGCUCAGAUACUGCGUCUGCAGACGGGACUUUGAGGUGGAGGAGGGAGCCGUCAGCCUUGGAGGAGUGAAGAUCGCCCUCCACAACAAUCCCAGGUUCACUGUGGUCAGCUCAGGUGAAUAUGUGCAUCUACUACCUGACUUAAAGGUAAAGCCACAGCUGAGUGCUUCAAAGUUGUUCAUUUCCUGGUCCCCUCACCACGACUCCUUUAGGAUCAAUACCACAUGUAACAACAUUCCUCUCAAACAUCUCUCUGCUAAAGAAUCUGACUUUAGAAAGCUAGUGACAGACUCUUUAGGUUAUUUAUCGAUUCUGGAGCCGCCUGAGAUCUACGACUUCUCCCCCACAGCGUGCGGAGGCUUGCUGCUGCUGCUCAGCACGGGCUGGCUGUGUCUUCUGCAGAAAGAUGGGAUGCUGCGGCAGGUAUUCAAACUGACGGACAACUGUUUAACAAAAUAUGGUACACACACUAGCCUCUGCAUGUACCACGACACUGUGGCCAUGAUGGUGGGACAAAACCUGCAUCUCAUUGAUGUGAAAUGUGGCAGGGAGCUGGAGAAGAUGGUGCUCCAGAGAGAGGGGCUGUUGUACUUCAGUUGGGCUGAAAGGAUGACGCCUCACCUGCUGUUAGAAACUGGAAUUUAUGUGGUACUUAAGACUGACUCCAAAACUUCCAACUCCAAAGUUAAACCUGACUACAACACUGUGGAGUGUCUCCAGCCUGGAGCUCUGCUGGUGGAGGCUGUCUUUGAGGAGGCGUGUAAGUACUACCAACAGAGGAGUCUGAGCAGCACCCAGCUCACUGUGGAGACACUGAAAAAGGGAGGAAAGUUUCAGGCCCCCAUCUCUUUAGCCUCCAUCCUCAGAAACUACUUUGCCACAGGGUCAAAGCAGAAAGAAUCAGAGCUGCACCAGAACGGAGUAGGUGGAAGUACGGAAGGGCAAGACAAGCUAAUGGUCUCCCUGGAGAUGGAGCUGAAAGCUCUGGUUUCUCUGGACAAGCUGAAGGGCAAUUUGGUGCAAGAAGGUGUGAAAGAGGUGGAGGUUCUGUGUGAAACUCUGGUUGAGAAAGAAGUGGCCAGACUGUUGUCAUCCUCAGAGCUCAAUGACGAGUCUCUGCUUUACUUCAACAACAUCGUCAGGAUCUUCCCUCAGCAGGCGUGGAAGGCAGCACGGGCUGUCCUCCAGCUACACUACACUGAGGAGGGUUCACUCUCCAGCAGCGCUCCAGCAGAUGUCUGGAAAACUGUUGUCAGUCCUGCUCCAGCCUCCAGAACCCCAGACGCCCCUCGAUUAUCAAACGGUGGGCUAAAACAUCACAAGUUCAAAGAUGAACGUGUCGUCAACAGGAAAAUAAAAUCUCCGAGCUCUUUUUCACACGCGCCUCUGUCUGUGUUUGAGCUCCUGUGCCACUCAGUUUUCAACUUCCAGCCCAGUUGGCUGCCCAAGUUUCUAGAACUUGCCCAGCAGCAGCAGGGCUCAGUCGGCCUGGGUCUGAGUUUGACCACUUCUUCCUGGAGUUUCUCCAGUGUCAGAGGAGGAGAGGGCGGAGAGAAUAAUGUGCCGCUCUACAAACGAGCCCUGAGCGUCCUUUCCAGCCUGUCCUUAAGCCCAGAGCAGUAUCAAAACUUGGAGAUCGAGCUGUUGUUGGUCAGUGGGCGACCUAACGCUAUCCUGCAGGCCAUGAGGUUUCUCAUGGCAAAGCAAGAGUGGGGGCGGGUCACUCAGGUGGCCCAGAAGUUCUGCAAACAAAGUCCCUUGCUCAACAAAGAGAUUUUUACUACUCUGUUAUGUGAGGUGGCCUAUCACAGAGACCUGGAUCCAUACCUGGAUCUUUUGUGGUCUCUGUGCCCUGAGGACUUCACCGUCACUGCUAUACUUAACUUAGUGUUGAAAAGUAUUCCCUCCUCUAACACUCCCUGCUCCUCUUACUCCUCUAUCUCCACUACAACCUCCCCAUCCGCUGCUCCCUUUGCAGACUUCAGCAGCAGCCAACUGACAAUCGGGCUGUUGAAGCCGCUGCUGAGGAAAGUCCUCCAGCGGGAGACGAAGCCCAGCCAGCACUACGCUGACAUCCUCCAGUCCCCCUUGUUUCCUCCUCCAGCACCUCCUCCCCGUCGGCCCUCAGAUCAGUCCAGGGGUGUCGCAGAUGCUCACGCCGACAUUUCUGUGGGCAAUAACAACUGUGUGUCCGCUGAAGAGCUGAGCUACACAUCUGCACAAAGAUCUAAAGUGGCACAGACCACUGACCCUUUCUGCUCCACAUGAUUUAUCUUUUCUUUUUACUUUAACAUUCUCUCAUAUACCCACUCUUCCUGUAGGGCAAGAGAGGGAGAAUCAUGUGACUGUCUAAACCCCCGUCCCUGUGACUCACUUUUGGUUGAAGGAAAACUGUGAAACUAUUUUAACUAGUGUUGACAAUCGACUAAAAAACAAAACCCGACAACAACAGUAUGUAAUGCAGUCUUAUAUGUAAUUAACUGAAAAUAUAACUUAAUAAUGAAAAAGAAUACUACUGACAAUCCUACCAGUGUAAAUACAACAGCUAAUUUUAACCUGUAUAUACUGAUUUGCAGUGUUAUUUAUAUCUUAAGCUUUAACUGCACACGAACAAAGAAGAAGUGCUGCAUCGAAGUGUUAAUGAUUAGUCAAAGAGUAAUCAUAAUAUUAUAGUGUAUUGAGUAAAAGGACAAUCUGAAGUGAAGCCACUAACUCUUCUUUGUUGGUGUUUAUUGUAUCUGUGUGAAUACUUAAUAUUUGCUGACUAAAGUAGCCUGGAUCUGUUAACUGUAGCUAGGUCUGGCUGCUUUUCACCAGCUGAUGUCAAAGUGCACUCCUGCAGCAGGUCAUUCACUGUGCUCUGUCCUGAGGAACUGAAGUGACGGGAGGGGAGGAAUGGGGGCGGAGGGGGUCUAAUGUUCCAUUUGCUGUAUAAAAAAUUCAAGGUAACUUAUUUUGGGCCAAAUGUUCUCUAACUCCUGUCCUGUCGUGUCCUCUGCUCUCAGGACAUUCCUGAAUACUCAGCCACACUGACUCACAGUUGGAUUGUAAAUCGAGUUAAAUCAAAUUAAAGUGUGGGGAUGGGCUUGUUGUGACCGACACAGACGCCCUUUGCUGUUUGCAUAAUGUCAUAUACUGUAUGUUUGCCUGCCUUCAUGGGCCCCGUGAGAUGUUGUUAGAGAUGUCAGGCCCACGUGUGCCGCCCAUGUUUUUUCUCCAUGCUCUGAAACCGAUUGCACUUUUAGAUCAAAUCCAGUCAGUGUGUUUUUGUGCCAUGGUUUUGGUUCUUUCUGUUCAAAUGAAUGUUUUUUUUCCUCUUUGAUCAAGUUCUAAAAAGUGCCUCUUGUUUUCCUGCAGACUUUUUAAACACAUCUCUGUUGUCCAAGGUCAAACUUACAAGUCAUGACUGUGCAUUUUAAACACAGAAACACGAGGUUCUAGAGGCAGUCACAUACUUUUGUUUAUGUCAGAUGCUCACAAUUGUUUUCCCCAUUGAACCAUCUCAUGUUGUGUAGAAUGUGUGCUGAUAUUCUGAGGUAAAAAAAAACAAAAUGGUCUCUAAACCCUGAAAAAAGUUCAUGUUGGAUUUUAGUUGACUCGAUGACCUCUGACAACAGAGCUCUGUUGAUGAUUUGUUUCCUUCUUAAUGCUGCCCUUUGAACAGACUGUUAUUAUGAAAGCAACUUUUGUAAGUUGAGCAGGGGAAGUUUUUUAUGUUGCAACAGUCAGGUUACUGCUCACUGCAGCUGUAUUAUUGGUGCCGUGUGGUUUAUCUUCAGUGACAAUCAGUCCCGAAAAAAACUGGACAACAGCCGGGUGUUUUCACUGCUCUGCUUUUCAUUUACAAUACCGUGUUACAUUUCUGCAGCGUCUCCUCGGCCUCUGUCCUCUGGACAAAGGAGGUUCAAAAUGUUCCCUUCAUCUCUGUCUAAAUGAUGAACAACUAUUUUUACUUUAGUUAACUCAAGCUCGAUUACCUUUGAUUUUAUUUCAGUCUGUUGUGAUUUGUCACAGAGCCUUAAGCCUGUUUGCCUUAAGUUUUUUUUUAUUUCCUUUUGAAUUUUGCUGACAGUUUCACAUCUACAUUAUAACUUUGUUUACAUCGAGUGAUCCAAUAUUCAGAACAAAAACAAAUGUGUACGAGUAUUUAUAAAAGACGCUGUAUGCUAUUAAAAAAAGAACAGAAGUGUUCAGAGCCUUU